GGUGGAGAAGGAAAUUGCACUCGCCUCCUCCGCCCCCCGGUACCCAACACAAUGCACCAGCCGCCUGAGUCCACCGCCGCCGCGGCCGCUGCAGACAUUAGUGCUAGGAAGAUGGCGCACCCGGCAAUGUUCCCUAGAAGGGGCAGCGGUAGUGGCAGCGCCUCUGCUCUCAAUGCAGCAGGUACCGGUGUGGGGAGUAGUAAUGCCCCAUCUUCCGAGGAUUUUCCGCCUCCGUCGCUGCUCCAGCCGCCACCUCCUGCAGCAUCUUCUACAGCGGGACCACAGCCUCCGCCUCCACAAAGCCUGAACCUCCUUUCGCAGGCUCAGCUGCAGGCACAGCCUCUUGCGCCAGGAGGAACUCAAAUGAAAAAGAAAAGUGGCUUCCAGAUUACUAGCGUUACCCCGGCGCAGAUCUCCGCCAGCAUCAGCUCUAACAACAGUAUAGCAGAGGACACUGAGAGCUAUGAUGAUCUGGAUGAAUCUCACACAGAAGAUCUGUCUUCUUCGGAGAUCCUCGAUGUGUCACUUUCCAGGGCUACUGACUUAGGGGAGCCUGAACGUAGCUCCUCAGAAGAGACUCUAAAUAACUUCCAGGAAGCCGAGACACCUGGGGCAGUCUCUCCCAACCAGCCCCACCUUCCUCAGCCUCAUUUGCCUCACCUUCCACAACAGAACGUUGUGAUCAAUGGGAAUGCUCAUCCACACCACCUCCAUCACCAUCAUCACAUUCAUCACGGGCACCACCUCCACCAUGGGCACCACCAUCCAUCUCAUGCUGGUGUGGCCACUGCAUCCAUUCCUGGAGGGCCACCUUCAAGCCCAGUAUCCAGAAAACUCUCUACAACUGGAAGCUCUGACAGUGCUAUAUCAGCUGCACCAACUUCUGCUGUAUCAUCGGGUGGUUCACCUGCAUCUGUAAUGACUAAUGUCCGUGCUCCGAAUGUUACUGGCAGUAUAGGUAUAAAUUCGGUUACUGGCGCUAACACAGUGAAUAAUGUUAACGUUACUGCUGUGGGUAGUUUUAGUCCUAAUGUGACAAGCAGCAUGCUAGGUAAUGCUAACAUAAAUGCAGGCAAUAUUCCUAGUGCCGCUGGUGUGAGUGUUGGGCCUGGAGUUGGCAGCGGUGUUAAUGUGAAUAUAUUGAGUGGCAUGGGCAAUGGUACUAUUUCUUCCUCUGCUGUGAACAGUGUCCCUAACGCAGCUGCAGGGAUCACUGUGGGAUCAGUUUCAAGUCAGCAGCAACAACCAACAGUUAACACCUCAAGGUUCAGAGUUGUGAAGUUAGAUUCUAGUUCUGAACCCUUUAAAAAAGGCAGAUGGACUUGCACUGAGUUCUAUGAAAAGGAAAAUGCAGCACCUGCUACAGAAGGUGUGGUGAUAAAUAAAGUGGUGGAGACUGUAAGACAAAAUCCGAUAGACGUGACCUCUGAGAGGGAGAGCACUAGUGGGAGUUCAGUGAGCAGUAGUGUCAGCACACUGAGUCACUACACAGAGAGUGUGGGAAGUGGAGAGAUGGGAGCCACUGCUGUGGUGGUCCAGCAGCAGCAACCGGCUCUUCAAGGUGUGGCCCUUCAGCAGAUGGAUUUCAGUAGCGCUGGGCCACAGAGUAUUUCAGCGGUUAGUAUACCACAGAGUAUUUCUCAGUCACAGAUCUCACAAGUCCAAGAACUGAGCUAUCCGCAAAAGCAAGGUCUUCAGCCAGUACCUCUGCAAGCCACUAUCAAUGCUGCAACUGGUAUCCAGCCAUCACCUGUUAACGUGGUUGGUGUAACUUCAGCUUUAGGUCAGCAGCCUUCCAUUUCCAGUUUGGCUCAACCCCAACUGCCAUAUUCUCAGACGGCUCCUCCAAUGCAAACUCCCCAUCCAGGGGUACCAACCCAGCAGUUACAGUAUGGACAACAGCAGCCAACAGUUUCCACACAGAUGACCGCGGGCCAUGGUAAAUCAGUGACUCAGAAUCCUACGUCAGAGUAUGUCCAACAGCCCAUCCUUCAAACAGUGGUGUCCACCGGCCAGCCCAGUUCUGCAGGAGUGGGAACAGGAACCACGGUGAUUCCUAUGGCUCAGCCACAGAGCAUCCAGCUGCCAGUGCAGCCCACAGCAGUCCAAGCACAACCUGCAGGGGCAUCUGGCCAGCCUGUUGGUCAAGCUCAAACAGCAGUAUCCGCUGUAUCUACUGGCAGUCAAAUAGCAAAUAUUGGUCAACAAGCAAACAUACCUAUUGCAGUGCAGCAGUCCUCUACCCAAGUCACACCUUCAGUUAUUCAGCAAGGUGCUCCUCCAUCUUCACAGAUAGCUCCACCUGCUCAAACUGCGAUUAUUCAUCAGGGAGUUCCAACUAGCGGAUCAAGCCUUCCUCAACAAUUGGUCGUUACACCCCAAAGUACCUUGUUAACUGUGCCUCCCCAGCCACAAGGAGCAGAAUCAGUAGCUCAAGGAGUUGUUUCGCAGCAGUUGCCUGCAGUUAGUCCUUUGCCCUCCGCUAGUAGUAUUUCUGUUACAAAUCAGGUUAGUUCAACUGGUCCUUCUGGAAUGCCUUCAGCCCCAACAAACUUGGUUCCACCACAGAAUAUAGCACAACCCCCUGCCACCCAGAAUGGUAAUUUGGUUCAAAGUGUUAGUCAACCUCCAUUGAUAGCAACUAAUAUAAAUUUGCCUUUGGCACAACAGAUACCACUAAGUUCUACUCAGUUCUCUGCACAAUCAUUAGCUCAGGCAAUUGGAAGCCAAAUCGAAGAUGCCAGGCGCUCAACGGAACCCUCCUUAGUUGGUUUACCUCAGACUAUCAGUGGUGACAGUGGGGGAAUGUCAGCAGUUUCAGAUGGGAGUAGCAGCAGCCUAGCAGCCUCUGCCUCUCUUUUCCCGUUGAAGGUGCUACCGCUGACGACACCCCUGGUGGAUGGCGAGGAUGAGAGCUCUCUAUUUCAGUGCUUCUCUCCUACCAGAGGUGCAAGGAGUGAUCCUAGAACCACAGAUCAGCCAAGACCACGGAGAGCUUUUGACGUCAGGGGUCCACUUUCUCCACUGAACCCUUGGAGGCAGAAUAUCCAGCUUCUGGAGAGAGUGGGAAAGGAUAAUAAACAAGUGGGUGCUUUCCAUUAUUUACUUGGGUUUAUUUAUAGAUUGGAGUGUCCUUCCAUUGCCCAUUACUCUAUUGGUAUACUCCUUGGGUUCAUGUAAGAACCAAGUGGGGCUGCAGUCUGUUUGUUUUUCUAAGAAUGGUAACUAGUGCCCAUUCAAAAAAGAGACAAAUUUAUGUAAUUUUCUCUCCAGAUAAUUAAAACAGUGGAUGAUUUUGGGCACUGUAUUUAAUGAAUUCCUGUCUAAUCCACAGGAAUUUAAAAAUUUGCUCAUUUUCACCUUUAAUGGUAUUUAAGUGGGCUUUCUAAGUACUCUUUUAUAUUUUAGUAAAUAAGUUUCUGUAUUUCAUCUUUGGGCAAGCUGGACAUCUGAACUCUCCUAAUUUGUACAGUUGGAUGUCCAGGUUUUAUCUACCCUUUUAGUGAGAACUUUUUGGUCUUCUCCUACCUCAAACUUUAGGACAUCAUAUUAAUUAGAUCUUUGAGGAGAUGCAAUGAUCAUACCAUUAUGGUUUUACUGUCAAACCUAGGCUUCAUUCUUUAAUAAGAUAAAUAUGAAUGAAUAAGUUUCAGGAUAUAAUCUAUCCCUGAAAGCUAUAUUAAAUAUUCGAGAAAAAAGUAGUUUUCUAGACCCUAGGAAUAAUGUUAUUUGUGGCAAAAGAGCCUUGUCCUAGAUUCUCCCCAUGGCAUUAAGAUGGUUUUCUUGUAGUUUCUUUGAUGCCACGGGUAGGAUUUGAUUCCAGGAAGUUCUUAUCAUCUACAGUGGGUAGAACGUGAACUUGGUGCUUUUGGCAAGUUUUCAUUUUUCCUUGGUGGAUUCCUUCUGUGACUCCUGGUAUCUUGAUAAUGGGAGACCGGUUUAUUUGUUCUCUAAUUGCCCAGAUUUCUUUCAACUGGUAAACAUCAUACUUCUUCAGCAAAAGAAAUCUUCUAGCAGAGCCUUCAUGGAUGAUAUCUGUCACACACAGCACCUGCAGUUUGGAAGGCAGUGGUGAACGGAGCCAUGCAAUAUAUCUAGAAGACACCAGGAUGAGAGAGCCACCUGAUCUUGUCAUUUAUAAACUUUAAGAUUUUCUCUGGUGUAUUCUUGGUCUGGAGAUGGAAAGGCUCAAAUAAGGAGAUUUCUGAUUGGAAUUUCACAUGGCCAUGAAAACACUCCUUUCUAUUCAGAAGACUGAAAUAGAGAAAAGCAUGAGAGACUUCUCUUUUAAAAGCAGCUCUCUGAAUCCGUUUCACUUGAAAAAUUUCUGGAAUUGAAAGUCACCUUAAUGGAGCAGGCAAACCUUUUCUUUUACUAGUAUAGGAAAUCCAGAAAGUGAAUGAAACAGUUUUUUUGUUGCCUGGCACUGAAAGGAAUUAGUAAAUAAAGGGUAAACUUUAUUCUCAAAUUAAUUUUAGGAGAAUAUGCUCUUUUAGCUUGUCUUUUUCUGGUCUUGAGCCUUACUCUUACUGGUCAAAUCAACAAGGCUUUCAGUUUAGAAAUAGAAGAGACAUCUUUUGCGAUCAAAGCAGUUUUGUCAAGCUUCUGCAGUUAAAAACCCGGUUAAACCAAGUAUUGUUCUGCAUUGAAAGCAUACUAAAGUUGGAAUGAUUCUGAAACAAAUUAUUUUGUAGGACAAAGACAAUUAGUAGUAUUAGAAUAAGCCUCUACAAUCCAUACUAUCCAUUAAUAGAAAUAGUUUUCAGAAUGUUUCUGUAUCUCUCUUUGUUUUCUAUAGCUGAAUAGUCAAAAACUGUUAGAGAAGUUUUCAAAAGAUAUAUUUAGCAUAAAUUGUAACUAUAGAACUUCUAGAAUUACAUUAAUGUGGAAACAUCUAAAAUGUUUAAGGAAUCUUAAAAGAUUUAGAAGCCAUAUUUGCUAAGAUACAACCUGGCCUUCAGUCAUGGUUGACUCUCUGUGAGAGCAUUUUUGUAUGUGUAGUAGUUAAAAGUAAUUUUAAAAGAUCAGUUGGAACUAAAAUUUCCUUAGAGCUCUGAAUUUCCUUAAACCAUUACAACUGUUUAUUUUUGAUUUUUUUGUUAAGUGUUAAUAAAACAGUUGUUUUAUAAACAUGUAAAAAUUAAAAAUAGCUGUACAAAAUUUUAGAACCAUGAGGGUAACUGAAAGUGAAAUUUUACUAGAAUGAAGGUAGUUGAACUCUGCGAGCCACACUAUAAAACCAUUUUAUGGCCUGUGAGAUUAUUAGCCUUUGUUUCUCAGCUUUGAAGAUGAAAAGUUAAUCUCUUACUCUCAUGCUUUGACUAAAUUUUAGCAGUGUUCCUUGAAGUGUGCAAAAGAAAUACAAGUGCAUUUCUAUUCAUCUCAUGACACUAAAAGCUCUUUAAAGGUGGAACUUUUUGUAUAUUAAUAUGAACUGAUUUGUUUAAACUUCUUUAUACAUUUUCCUUUCAGAUUUUUUUUAUAUUUUGUGUCACAAUAUGCAAAUUAU